UAAAAAAAUACAAUACAUCGUACUUCAAUCGUCAUUCGUCGAACCGUUGUCAUGGAAUAGGCUAUACUCGAGUUCGAUACAAGUUACCAAUACUACUUGUAAUUCUAUUUUUUUAAAUUGUGUUUGAGAUUUCAACAUGACCACGUUAUUGGAACUUUGCCGUAAAUAUUUCAGCACUGACAAUAUAUAUGAAGUGUUGAAUACGACCAAGAAUGCUACAGACAAAGAAGUUCGUAAAGCGUAUUACGUGCUGUCGAUGAAAUACCAUCCUGAUAAAGUAACUGAGAAGGAAAAAGCUGAAGCUACUGAAAAAUUUAAAAUUAUCAGUCGAAUACAUGCAUUACUUAAUGAUGCUGAUAAGAGGAAACUUUACGAUGACACGGGAUGUGUUGGUGAUGAUAUUGACCCCAACUCAGCUACAGAGGACUUCCCGUGGGAAACUUAUUGGAGGUCGAUAUUCAGAAAGAUUACUGAUAAUGAUAUCAGGGAUUACGAAUUAAAAUAUAAAGGUUCUGACGAUGAAAAGAGAGAUCUUAAAAAAGGAUAUCUAGCAGGGAAAGGAGAUAUGGAAUUCAUUAUUAAUAUGGUUCCAUUUAGUUCUGUGUACGAAGAAGAUCGGCUCCGAGAGAUUCUAGAAAAAAUAAUUGAAGAAGAAGAUUUACCAAAAUUUAAAGCAUUUAGCGAUGAACCUCCGUCAAAAAAAAGAAAAAGAUUAGCAAAAGCUAAAAGGGAAGAAGCUCAGUGCAAAAUAGAUAUGAAAAACGAGGAAGAAAAUAAUUGUAAUGAUUUAAUGGUUGCAAUUAAAAAGCGAUCAGCCGAACGAGAAAAACAAAUGGACAAUUUCUUAGCUAGAAUGGAAGCUAAAUAUUGUACACCCAAAAAAGCUAAGAAAAAUGUCAAAAAAACAUAGUAAUAUUGUAAAUUUUCUUUUAUAUUAUUUUCUGUAUAAUGUAUA